UUUUCUGGGUUUUCAUUUCUUAAGGAUCAAUCUUUUACAUUCGAUUAAGGACACAAACAUGUGAAAAAAAACAUAAGAAAUCAUCGCAUUGUCGAAUUUCCUGAUUUUCAGAGCAUUUGGAGGAUUUUGAUUUGGAUAAACAGUAAACAGCACGAAAAAAAAAUGUCGAAUCUAUACGGUGGGGAUUUUAAUCAGAAGAUCGAUUACGUGUUUAAAGUUGUCCUAAUUGGAGACUCGGCUGUCGGGAAAUCCCAGCUGCUCGCCAGGUUCGCUAGGAACGAAUUCAGCCUAGAAUCUAAGGCCACGAUUGGGGUCGAAUUUCAGACCAAAACUCUCGUUAUCGAUCACAAGACGGUCAAGGCACAAAUUUGGGACACCGCUGGUCAAGAAAGGUAUAGGGCCGUGACGAGUGCAUACUACCGAGGCGCGGUUGGCGCCAUGUUAGUCUACGACAUGACCAAACGUCAGUCGUUCGACCACAUGGCUCGGUGGCUCGAGGAGCUCCGGGCCCACGCGGACAAAAACAUCGUCAUCAUGCUAAUCGGGAACAAAUGCGAUUUGGGGACAUUAAGGGCGGUCCCCACGGAGGACGCACAAGAAUUUGCAGAGCGAGAAAAUCUCUAUUUUAUGGAGACAUCUGCGCUUCAAGCGACGAACGUUGAGAGUGCGUUUAUGACUAUUUUGACCGAAAUUUAUCGGAUUGUGAGCAAGAAAACGCUAGCGACUAGCGAUGGGUCGGACUAUGCAAAGUCGGGAUCUUUGAAGGGUACGAAGAUAAUUGUCCCGGGUCAUGAUUCGGACAAUGCCAAGUCGGGUUGUUGCAUAGGUUCAUAGUUUUUGUGUGCUAAUUAAUCACAAUAUAUUGUAAUUAUAUUUCAG